AUGGUAGAUCUUCGGUUAGAGACGGCUGGAAGUAGUCCAGAGACGUGUGGUCUGUUAUUUGAGAAGGACUUGACAAGAAAGACUGACGCGCAACAGGAGGCCCGCUCCUAUUUGAGCGAGGAGAUGCUUGCCGAGUUCAAGGCUGCCUUCGACAUGUUCGAUACCGAUGGUGGCGGUGAUAUUAGCACCAAGGAGUUGGGUACCGUUAUGAGAAUGUUGGGUCAAAAUCCAACCAGAGAGGAGUUGGAUGAAAUCAUUGAGGAGGUCGAUGAGGACGGCAGCGGAACCAUCGACUUCGAGGAGUUCUUGGUCAUGAUGGUGAGGCUCCUAAAGGAAGAUCAGGCCGGCAAGAGCGAGGAGGAGUUGGCAGAAUGCUUCCGUGUGUUUGACAAGAAUGCUGACGGAUACAUCGACAGAGAAGAGUUUGCCGAGAUCAUCCGUAGCACCGGCGAGAGCAUCACAGAGGAUGAGAUCGAUGAACUGCUGAAAGACGGAGACAAGAACGCUGAUGGCAUGCUGGACUUUGACGAGUUCCUCAAGAUGAUGGAGAACGUGCAGUAA